CAAGGCAGGGAAGAGGGCAGCAGCGGCCGGGCACCGGGGCGCGCGUCGCACGAAGAGUUCGUGGGCGCCAUGGCGAAGCACACGAAGAAGGUUGGCAUCACGGGCAAGUACGGCACGCGGUAUGGCGCGUCUCUCAGGAAGAUCGUGAAGCGCUACGAGAUCCAGCAGCGCACCAAGUACAUGUGCAACUUCUGCGGUAAGGAGAACGUCAAGCGCGUUGCUGGCGGCAUUUGGAAGUGCAAGUCGAAGCAGUGCAGAAAGACAAUCGCUGGCGGCUGCUGGGCCAUCUCGACCACUGCCGCCGCCACCACCCGCGCCACCAUCAACCGCCUGAAGAAGGCGAUGGCGCCUGCACCUUAGCAUGGGCGGCGGCCCAGAGAUCCCACGGUGGGGUCACGCCGCCGUGUCGUCGAUCGAUCGAGGAUCGAUCAAUCGUCAUCGUCGUUUUGAUUUAUCUCAAGAUGUUCGUCGUCGCUUGAUCAAGCUUCAGACGGUAGCUUCGGAUGCCUCUGGAGGGUGGCCUCGCGGGACCUCCAGAGACCCUUCCCCCUCCGCCGCUUCUUCGGUCCCCGCCCCCGAGUGGGGGGAGAGGGGUGAUGAGG